GGGCGGGGCCAAAAUAACAACUCUCCCUCUCCUUUUUUUGACUCCUUGUUUAGCACAGGUUGACGAGUCGGAGCACGAUACUUUCGUUUUACUUUUGUCGGACGGUAGGAAGUGGCCUUAUUUCACUCCACGGAAUCAUCCAGAGUUCAUCAGGUGCCGCCACUUGAACCUGACCUGGGUCGAGACGGGCAGUCAUGGCCAGUAACUCCUCCUCCAUGGAUCCGCCCACGCUCUCUGAGGAUGGCUGUCCCUGCAACAACAACCGACCCCUCCAGGAGGGGUCAGAGGUCGCGCUCCCCGACCAGUCGGAGUCGGAGAGGCAGCAGGCCAUGGAGGCCAUGUUUGAGCAACGCAAGGGGCAGAUCAUCUCUUUUGUGAUGAAGGAGCUGCACAAGAUGGGGAAGUUCAUGGGGGUCAACGCGCCGGAGGGCGGCGAGGAGCCCCGCGAAGAGCCCGAAGAAGAGUCCGACAGCGAGGACAGCGACCUGACGCGGGGCGCCAGAGACGAGGUGGUGAAGCUGGCCCUGGGCUUCCUCAGGAACAUGAACCAGGACGAGAUCGCUGAGAACGUUCACAGCAAAACCCUCGCUGUUUCUUGCCAACGUAAUCUCAAAUCAAGUCUGAAGGCCAAGUCCCACUCUCUGUUUGCAUCCUUUUUUAAACAAAGACAUCCCAUCAUUUACAAUCCACUCUACGUGUCAGAGAGCAGUGGGGAUCUCAACCACGCACCAGAUAUCAGAGCCAUUGAAGGAUUCACCUUGGAAUGCUCCGAGAUCUUUAUACCCUUACCGGGGAAAGAUCAACCGAUCAGAACAAUGUUGACCACGGGAGUCUCUGGCAUCGGCAAAACAGUUUUCAUACACAAGUUCAUCAUGGAAUGGGCCGACGGGGCAGCCAAUCAGAAUGUACAUUUCGUCUUUCCUUUCUCGUUCAAAGAACUUAGUUUGCUCAGAGACAGGAAGUCCAGCCUAGUGGAACUUCUCCAUCACUCGUUUUACGUCACGAAAAAAGCUGAGGUGGACAACUUUGACAAGUACAGAGUCGUGUUCAUCCUGGACGGUCUGGACGAGUGCCGGUUGUCCCUGGACUUUAAGAACAAUGAGAUCUGUACCGACGUCAACCAAACGGUCUCGGUAGACGCGGUGCUGACUAACCUCAUCCAAGGAAACCUGCUUCCCUCCGCUCGCAUCUGGAUCACGACCCAGCCGGCGGCGGCGGUGAUCAGCCUCAUCCCCCCCGAGCACGUGGACAUGGUGACCGAGAUGAGAGGCUUCACCGACCCACAGAAGGAAGAGUACUUCCGGAGCAGGUUCAAAAAGAAGCGGCUAGCCAGCAAAAUGCUCACCAUUAUCAAGACGUCGCAAAGUCUGUACAACAUGUGUUGUGUCCCGUCCUUCUGCUGGAUCACCGGCACUGUUCUGGAGCACGCCAUCGCAACCGCCCCGAGUUACACCAUGCCCAAGAACGUGACUGAAAUGUACAUCCACUACCUGGCGUCUCACUGCCUGCCGGGUAACGCAAAGAAUCACGCUAAGCUUCGGGCAGAUCCGAACUGGAAUACCAAAAUCAGGAAGCUCAUUAUGGCCUUGGGGAAGCUGGCGUUUGACCAGGUGAACAAAGGCAUCAUGAUCUUCUACGAAGAAGACCUGCAGGAGUUUGGGGUGGAUAUCAAAGAGGCUCAGAUGUACCCCGGAAUCUUCAACCACAUCUUUAAAGAGGAGCGGGAGCUCUACCACGACGAAGUGUUCACCUUCGGCCACCUGAGCCUCCAGGAGUUCCUGGCCGCCGUCUACGUGUUCGCCGCCUUCAUCAACACGGGGGUCAACCUGCUGUCGUUGACCCAGCCCACCAUGGUGCGCGGACAGCUCCCCGAUGUGCGCCUCAUCUACCAGAGCGCCAUCGACCAGGCCCUGAUGUGCGAGAACGGACACCUGGACUCGUUCGUGCGCUUCGUGCUGGGCCUCUCGGUGCAGUCCAACCAGACGCUCCUCCGAGGCGUGGUGAAGCAGACCACCUCGAUGACCAAUCAGAACACCAUCCACUACGUCCACAAGAGGAUCCGAGAGAACGUGCCUCCGGAGAACAUCGUCAAGCUGUUCCACUUCCUGCGGGAGAUGAACGACCCGAUGCUGGUGGUCGAGAUGCAGCAGUACCUGAGGGCCUGGCUCUCCAGAGAGACCCUGGCCCCUGCGCAGUGGUCAGCACUGAUCUUCCUGAUACUGUCUUCAGAGAUGGACCUGGCCCUGUUUGACCUCAAGAAGUACACUGCCUCAGAGGGCACUCUGCGGAGACUGCUGCCGAUAGUGAAAGCCUCCAAAAUAUCUCUCCUAAACGGCUGUAACCUGUCUGAGGGAUGCUGUGAGGCCCUCUCCUCCGUGCUGGGCUCCAUCUCCUUCAGUCUCCGGGAGCUGGACCUCAGCGCCAACGACCUGCAGGACGCGGGGGUGAAGCUGCUGUCCCCCGGCCUCCGGAGCGCUCACUGUAAACUGGAGAUCCUGAGGUUGAAGAGCUGUAAUCUGUCGGAGGCCUCCUGUGAAGUUCUCGCCGCAGUCCUGAGCUCAGAGUCCUGUAGUCUGAAGGAGCUGGACCUGAGCACCAACAACCUGAGAGACUCUGGGGUGAAGCUGCUCUGUGCCGGACUGGAGAGCUCCCAUUGUAAACUGGAAACUCUGAGGUUGUCUGGCUGCCUGGUCACACAGGAGGGCUGUGCUUCUCUGGCCUCGGCUCUGAGCUCCAACCCCUCCCAUCUGAGAGAGCUGGACCUCAGCUACAACCACCCAGGAGAGGUGCUGCUCCAACCAGGAGCGGUGCUGCUCUCUGCUGGCCUGGAGGACCCUAGCUGGAGACUACACACACUCGGUGUGGAGCACAGUGGAGAGCAGCGGCUAAAGCCUGGUCUGCUCAAGUAUGCCUGUGAGCUGACCCUGGAGCAGAAGUCCGCUCACCGGAGGCUGUGUCUGUCGGCCGACGGCCGCGGGGUGACCCUGGUGAGCGAGAGGCAGCGCUGCGCACGCCACGCCGACCGCUUCGACUACAGCCGGCAGGUGCUCUGCCGGGAGGGCCUCAACGGCCGCUGCUACUGGGAGGUGGAGUGGACCGGGCUGGUCUCCAUCGGCGUCACCUACAAGGGCAUCACCAGGAAGGGCGAGAGCUUGGAGUGCUGCCUGGGAGGGAACGAGGAGUCCUGGAGCCUGUACUGCUCCUCGGACCACUACACGGCCGCCAACAACCAGAAGGGAACGCUGGUGUUCGUCCCACCGCCGCCGCUGAAGGCCGGCCCGGGCUCGGAGAGGGUGGGGGUGUUCCUGGACUGGCACGCCGGCACGCUGUCCUUCUACAGAGUGUCCUCCGGCGUGCGGCGACACGUCCACACCUUUCAGUCCCGGUUCACCGAGCGGCUGUACCCCGGCUUUGGCUUCACGCCGUGUGCCUCGGGGUCCUCGGUGAGCCUGUGUCAGCUCUGAACACGUCCACAGACCGGCACCAAGGUAUAUGCAUCCAUAUAAUGAUCACAACCUCGACUUACAAAGCGCCUUACAUCAGGAACCAUGGGGCUUUUUUUCACGAGAAGACUCAGAACCAGAAUACAAUAAACUAAAAUAACCUGUCCACAAACUAGUGCGCAACGGCACACUAACGUAAAGUCCGUCACACACAGUUACCCAAGUGAUACAAGUCAUUCAUUAAUUUAUAAAAAGGCUCAGGUUUGUAUUUGUCGGCCUGUGUUAAUGAUUCGAGAUUCAAGAGUUUUAUUGAUUAAUUGCUCGGAAAACGGAUGAAAACAUGCAUUACUAGUAAUGUAAUUAACCCUUUCUAGCUUCUUUUUUUUUUUACCAAAACGAUCCUUUCAAUCAUAAAACGGCCAGGGUCUUCCAAUUCCAGUUCAAAUUCAAGCCCGCUUGCUUCAGCUGUCUGCUCUUGUCUGUCCAUGGUCUGAGAGGGGAAGUGUUGAUCAUUACCGGCCCAUCAAAUGAUUGUACUUCCGAUCUGUUUGACUCUUUAUAACAAAUUAUAAAAUCAACAAUUAAUGCUUUUUCGAUUUUAUUUCUAGAACUAGGAAAAGAUAAGCCUUUGUAUUAUAAA